CUGAAAAAUGACUGAUAUGAUUGUUAAAACAAAAUUAAAACGAGAAACUCAACAGGUGGACCAAGAAUUAACUAAGAAACUCGCUGUGAAGCAGUGUAACAUGUGGGACACCAUUGAAGCUGAGUCUGAGGGCACCGCACACGCUUCAGAUAUUCUUGCACCAAAGAAGCGAUCAGUCUCCUGGAUAACAACCACUGCGGGUUGUCUAAAAAAAUUUAAGAAAUCUGAUGUUGGCAUUGGUGUGGAGCCCAAAACAGAAGUCGCAAAUAAAAUAUGGUCGGAAUUGCGUUACUUGCAGGAUGAAACCAGUGAUAUUGCCGAUUCCACAGAGGAUUCCAGUGAAUCCGAGCUGGACCUGGAGGCAUCUCAUGAUACGUCCUCUGAAGCGGGACCUCUUGGGAGUAACAGUAACUCUGAUAAUGACCAAAAGACUGAUUUUUUUCUAUACACACAAUCUAAGACUGCCUGGCGGGUGCCAUUGGUACUUGAAAGAACAAUCAAAAAAUUUGUUUACUUUCCUAAAAAUAAGAACGCUCAAUCAACAAACCGUUUAUUUGUGACGGGAUGCAUUCAAAAGAUCGUCAUUUUCUACAACGAUGAGAAAUCCGCAACCAUAGAAGAGCUCACCGAUGGGCAUGACUGUGGAAUUAAAACUCAGGAAUCGACUAUCCAAUCCAUCAACGAUAAAGAAGCUGGAAUUGAGCCGGAUAAAGAAUAUAAAAUACCAAUUGAUGAUAAAGAUGCCUUGGAUUUGGCCUCUCCAUUCGCUAUUAACGAAGCUCCACUGGAAGAUCAACAAGAUGCGGAGACAACAGCACUAUCGUCAUCGGAAGCCGAACCACAGCUAUUCAACGAGGAUCUUGGUUCCUGCACCCUGAAGGAUGAAAAGAUUUGCGACAUAAAAGUUCUACCAGAAGCACAGCAGGACUCAGAUGCAGAGUCUCUAAUCACUAUUGAAGAAUUUAAAGAAGAUCUGUCCCCAACUGAAACCGAACCACAUGCAUCGCCCGAAACAGUAGCAGUGACUGAGGAUGAUGAAAGUGCCAUGGAAGUAGACGAGGCUAACCGAUCAAUGCAGCACUGCCAGGAUUUCAAUGUAGAUCUACCUUACUGCCCCCCAGCGUUGAGCGUCUUUGAGAAUAGCCUGACGUGCAAAGAUGGGCUGGCCGUGAUCAAAGAGGACAUAGAGCUCUAUGGCACUGCCGUGUUGACCCUGUUGGCUGGUCAGAUCACAGUGAACGGCUUCAGAGCCAAAAAACGUCAAAACUUGACCAUCUACUCCACCAAGGGCAUCAAUUGGGUGAGCAUUUCUCCGAAAAAGCGUGCGAAACCAAUGCAAAGAAGGUUGAAUGGGACAAAUUGUCUGAGAACUUUACGUGCGCACAAUUGGACAACCUUCAGGGGUGCUUCAAUAGUCAGGAGGAUGCCCUUGUGCUCUUGCAGAGGAACACCAAGGACCAGAACAUGCUCGAAACUUUAAAGCAGUACAUGAGCCAGAUUUUGUUCCCCCAGGUGAAUGGGGCUAAUGUGCCGCACUCGCAAAGCGAGAUGCUGCUCAACUGCUACAUC